AGCGCGAAAUUUGCAAACAAACAACCGUUACAGCAGUAACUGUUCAACUCAUCCAGUAAAGCACCGUUGCUUUUCUGGAUAAAUUCUCGUGUUCUGUAAUUAGAGAAUUAGUUUAAUAAACAAUCUGCUAAAACAUUUCCGGUUUUUCCCGAAUGGAUACCAAUGCAGGUUCGUCAUGGGAACCGUUGGCCAAACUGGUUUCGAACCUCAAGCUGCUUCCGUUGAUCGAAAGCUGCGAGCUGGUUUGGCCGUCUCGAUUGGACAUCCAGCUCAUGGCACCAACUUACGAGACCGACCUACACAAGAUGAAGACCCUACUGGAAGGUGAUCCGUCGCAGUUGCUGCAGGAAUCCGAGGACAACGACGUAUUGAGAUUUCAGGUAUCGUUCAUCUCUUGCUGUUACGAAUCGACGGCGUUUAUGCUGUCCGAGGAAUUGGCCGCUGAACUUCAAACGCUGAGGGAAGAAUUUGUUUGGGGCAAACUCAUGAAGCUGACCACAAGCGACACGUUGAUUUCCAAAUUGUUCGAGUACUAUCGGCGCACGCUUCUCGGUGAAGAUUGGUUCUACCAGUUCGGAGAUGUGACCAGUUUUUGUUCGUUCGUUUGGGAUUUGGUGGCCUUCGAUCGGGACAUGAGACUGAUGGAUCGGAACGGUAUGCAGCUGGUUGAGCAGUUUUGCUUCAAAUUGAUGCGCUCGAAGAAGGUACAACUCUUUGUCAAAGGCGUAAUGGUUCUGGAGGAAUGUAUUCACAAAGCACGCGAUCGUUCCCUGAUGGAUUACGAGAUGGUUUACAGGGAACUGGAAAAGCAAAAGUGGCGUUUGUUAACGGAGGACGAAAGGAGUCAAAAUGCGUCCAUUAUACUGCUGACAGGGAUGCUGGAAUGCGUGAAAGUGCUCGAAGUGGACAGGAAUCAACUGAUGACCCUCAUUUCUAACUUCAGUCAGAUUUGCCGAGCUGAUGAUCUGAUGGAAAUACUUUUGAAAGGAUUGAAAUUGUCAACUUCAGUUGGGACGUCGAUUGCCCUAUUGGAUGUCCUUUUGCAAUUGUUGGCUGUAGAUCACAAUGAUCUACGAAUAGUACCGGAAGAACCCGCUGAGGAAUGCGACUUAGAUGAAGUUGGCUUUCCAUUGAUAUUAAUGAACGGAACGCAAAGAAUCGAUACCUAUUCCGAUGAUUGGUGGAAGGACAUCAUCGAUCAGAACAGAGGCCGUUUCCAUCGGUGGACCAAAAAGCUGUUUAAGCUACUGAUGUCCGAAAUAGGAAAAUAUGAGAACUUCAACGUUACACACUUUCAGUAUCUUUCCUACGCGAUGUUCUUUACGAUUCACAGCGGAGAAUCGGUAACAACCGAACAGAUUGAAUGCAUUUUUCAAUCAAUGGUGUCAUUCGUCAAGAGAAUGGUGAACCGCAUCGAAACCCAGAUAACUUCCGGCAUGCCCACAAACUCCACAUUAAGAAACUGCAUGCGAUUGGCAGCUGCCAAUGUGGCGUGCACAAUUCACUAUGGACGUUGCAUGUCGAUUUCGGAACCAGACGAACGAGACGUCUCCGGUCAUGGAUCUCUUCAGACACAGAGUUUGAACAAACUUCUGCUGAAAGUUCAACAUUGGUAGAGAGUGGCCAAUCAUGAUCUGCAUGGAUCAGGGUUGAGAAUUUUUAUUGGUGGUAAGAUUUUUUUGAUUCGAAUUCGCAUAUUUGACUGUAUGUUUCAAAGAUAACAAUAAGUAAUGGUCGUUUACCGAUAUCAGAUUGAAUGGCCUACAAUUCUCAAAUGAAAUUAUACGCAAGAAGUAUAAAUCCCAGAAA